AUGACUUGUUCUUGUUUUGGAGGAGGUAUGGUUGGGCAGUGCUCGCGGUCAAAACGGGGUCAUUCGACCACUUCUUAUACAAGUCCUCCGUACCUCACAACAGCCAUGCCAUAUGUAAAAUAUUUCGCCUUUCGAUCUACCGACAGAACUCAAACCCGGGUAUGUUUAAUCCCGCGUGCGGCACGCUGUCAGACUGUCUGGGUCUUGGGGUUAGUGAUAUUAGACACAGUGGCACAACCCCUCAGCUCUAGCAAGCAAAAAUAUCCAAUACCUCUCUCUCCCCGGUUUCUUCACCGCAGGACUUCACAUUUUCAAAAUAAUCUUCCGCCACCACAUGGCCCACAGUACGGAGCACACGCAUCACAAGAGCAUCCGGCAUACAUAGUGCCACUAGGACAUGUCCCAGCACCUGUACCACCAUUGCAGGCACAACACGCGAUAGCGAAACCGCCCGGGCAACCUCGCCAUGCUGCAAAUCAGUACAGCCCGACCCCUCUCGCUAAUAAUAAGGUAAGGUCAGGGAAACGAACCUUUUCUAGCAAUGGACCAUCGAACAUUUCCAGCUCGAAAGGAAGAGAAGAGCCAGGAGACGCAUGGUUGAUUGAUUCGGUAUGUAUGUAUGUCUUUAAGCUGAUGAGGAUGUCGGCAAUGCUCAUGCCUGUACGAUACCUUGUUCUAAUCCCUCAAGUCUGCAAUGAGACAGCCAGAGCUUUCAAGUUACAUCCACCCUGUUUUGAGAAUACGAGGGAGGAACAAGUCGUCAUGUCACCCCGUUGGCUGAGACCUGUGAGUGGAAGAGUAGUCGAAACUGAGACUCUGUGA